AAUCCGAUUCUUUUCCUGAAGUUGGACACCGCGGAUCAUGUCUAUUUCUCAAAAAUGGUAAUCAUGCUGAAACCGAAGGAUUACUUACACAAUUAUACUUGCGUAUAUUAUGAUAGUGCAGAAGGAGGAUGGUCCACGAGAGGAAUAAGGAGAAUUGAUCCAAACUAUCAUGGAUUUGUUCGAUGUGAAACUAACCAUAUGGGAGUGUUCUCCUUAUUGCCGGACGCCUACUUCCUCUCGGAUGAAGAUGCAAUGCGAGAUUUAAGCGUACUGUUACCGACAGUAACCACCUUUAUCUCGAUGAUCUGCUCGAUAUUCUUACUAUUCAUGGCUGCUGUGCAGAAGAACCAUACAGUGGAUUUUGCUCUUCUGGUCUACCUCUUUUUCGUCUUUAUGAUACAUGUUGUACAUCUUGUCAUGUUGAUUGCACCUCAGUUAAAAUAUACAUAA